GGGGACUACAUGGGGUGAAUGGUGAUCCUCCCAUCAGCUCGUUCUCUUCCCUGGACAGUGGGUGCAGACACCUUCAUGGAAGCUUGCUGUGCAGACGGACACCGGAUGGCCACUCAGCAGAAGGACUGCUCGCUGCCAUAUGCCUCGGAAUCCAAAGAAUGCAGGAUGGUCCGGGAGCAGUGCUGCCACAACCAGCUGGAGGAGCUGCACUGUGCCACAGGCAUCAACCUAGCCAACGAGCAGGACAGCUGUGCCAUGUCCCAAGGUGACAACUCCAGCCUGGAGGCCAUGUUUGUGAAGAGGUGCUGCCACUGCUGUCUGCUAGGGAGGGCGGCCCAGGUCCAGGGUCAGAGCUGCGAGUACAGCCUCAUGGUCGGCUACCAGUGUGGACUGGUCUUCCGGGCGUGCUGCGUCAAGGGCCAGGAGACUGCAGAUUUUGCCCCUGGGGACGUCGGGGACCUCCAAGAAACAGCUAAGAUUUCUGAGGUGGAAGAGGAACAAGAGGACCCAUACCUGAAUGACCGCUGCCGAGGUGGCGGGCCUUGUAAGCAGCAGUGCCGUGACACAGGAGAUGAGGUGGUCUGCUCAUGCUUCGUGGGCUACCAGCUGCUGCCCGAUGGUGUCUCCUGUGAAGAUAUCAAUGAAUGCAUCACGGGCGCCCACGCUUGCCGGCUUGGAGAGUCCUGCAUCAAUACAGUGGGCUCUUUCCGCUGCCAGCGGGACAGCAGCUGCGGGACUGGCUAUGAGCUCACAGAGGACAAUAACUGCAAAGAUAUUGACGAGUGUGAGAAUGGUAUUCAUAACUGCCUCCCCGAUUUUAUCUGUCAGAAUACUCUGGGAUCCUUCCGCUGCAGACCCAAGCUACAGUGCAAGAGCGGCUUUAUACAAGAUGCUCUAGGCAACUGUAUUGAUAUCAAUGAGUGCUUAAGUAUCAGUGCCCCGUGCCCUGUUGGGCAGACAUGCAUCAAUACGGAGGGCUCCUACACAUGCCAGAAGAAUGUGCCCAACUGUGGCCGUGGCUACCAUCUCAAUGAGGAGGGAACGCGUUGUGUUGAUGUGGAUGAGUGCGCGCCACCUGCUGAGCCCUGUGGGAAGGGGCACCGCUGCAUGAACUCCCCCGGCAGCUUCCGCUGCGAGUGCAAGGCUGGUUACUAUUUCGACGGCAUCAGCAGGAUUUGUGUGGACAUCAACGAGUGCCAGCGCUACCCCGGGCGCCUAUGUGGACACAGGUGUGAGAACACACCAGGCUCCUAUGUCUGUAGCUGCUCUGUGGGCUUCCGGCUUUCUGUGGAUGGCCGGUCAUGUGAAGACAUCAAUGAGUGCAACAGCAACCCCUGCAGCCAGGAGUGUGCCAAUGUCUACGGCUCCUACCAGUGUUACUGCCGGCGAGGUUACCAGCUCAGUGAUGUGGAUGGGGUCACCUGUGAAGAUAUUGACGAGUGUGCCCUGCCCACCGGGGGCCACAUCUGCUCCUACCGCUGUAUCAACAUCCCUGGAAGCUUCCAGUGCAGCUGCCCCUCAUCCGGCUACAGGCUGGCCCCCAAUGGCCGCAACUGCCAAGACAUUGACGAAUGUGUGACUGGCAUCCACAACUGCUCCAUUAAUGAGACCUGCUUCAACAUCCAGGGCGGUUUCCGCUGUCUGUCCUUUGAGUGCCCUGAGAACUACCGCCGCUCUGGAGACACGCCCCACCAAGAGAAGUCAGACACCGUUCGCUGCAUCAAGUCCUGCCGCCCCAACGAUGUCACUUGCAUGUUCGACCUGGUGCACACCAUCUCCCACACUGUUGUCUCGCUGCCUACCUUCCGCGAGUUCACCCGCCCUGAAGAGAUCAUCUUCCUCCGGGCCAUCAUGCCCCUGCAACCUGCCAGCCAGGCCAACAUCAUCUUCGACAUAACGGAAGGGAACCUCCGGGACUCCUUCGACAUCAUCAAGCGCUACAUGGAUGGCAUGACCGUGGGUGUCGUGCGCCAAGUGCGGCCCAUCGUGGGACCAUUUCAUGCCGUCUUGAAACUGGAGAUGAACUAUGUGGUUGGGGGUGUGGUCUCCCACCGAAAUGUCGUGAAUGUUCACAUCUUCGUCUCUGAGUACUGGUUCUGAGGACUGGUCUGCAGUGCAGCCAAGGGUGCACUUCCAGGCCAAGUCAUUGCUGCCAGCGACUAUGCCCUGUACUUAUUUGUACCCCUCAGACAUUUCUUAAUGUUAUGUAUUUGUUUGUAGUGUUAGACCCACAUGUAUUAAGCUGAGCCAGAUGAAUAAGUCCAUCUGAUGUAUUUUGGUGUUUAAAUAAUGAGUCCAAUUGUUCCACUGUUUGG